AUUAUUACGCAGGGUUCACAUGGCUUCGACACUCGAACCAGGCUUCGAAGGAAAGAGAGGAGCAGAGAGCAAAGGGAGCAUCUGCCGGGGAUGCGUUCGCCGCUGAUAGCUUUGUCGGUUUCUCGCUCGUACGCGCUACGAGCCGUUUUAAGAGGCCUCCUCUCCUCUUCGUUCUCCAUCGGCGUCGCUGACACUUCACAAAGGAGCAUCAUACAUACGUACGAGUCGGAACAGAGCUGUGAGAAAACGGCUGAUCGAAUUCUGAUGGUAAAAAUCUGCCAGCUAAUCAAAUUCACGAUCAGAGAAAUAUACGAAACACUUAAGACGAACGAUGGAGUAUGAAGAAUUGAUAUACCAAUACGGUGUGCAACGUGAAACAAAGUCGAUAGCGAUAAAAUACUUUUUUUUUUAUUAUUAUCUCUGCGAGAGGAGUGCGUGUCUGUAAACUGAAGCGUGCCCGCGGCGAUACGUCGUCGGACUUCUUUUCAAAGCGAAUUUCACGAGAGAAGCGUGACGGUUCUCGAGCGCACGCAGCUCACCGUGACAUUGGUCCAGGAUUAGCGUUCCGACCGAUUGGGAACGCGUUUUCUGCUCGCGUAUAAUCUGCGAUCGCGGGAGCCCGUUCUCUUCGUGUUUGUCACUCGUGAUUUACUCUUUUCCCUCACGAGAUCACUGACCUUGUAUUUACACAAAACAAUUACCGAACUCUUCUUCGUUCAGUAAUAAUAUAACAUAAAUGAUUGUUAUUAAUAAAUGUGAUAAAAAAUUUACAUCCCUGAUGCAUACAAGUGCAGAUUUUUAUACAAAAUAAGAAACUUGCGUUGUUUCCUUUAGACGCUGUGGGAGAAACGAGAAUAUUAAAUCACACUGUGAAAAACGUUUGGCAUAAUUUACAAUUUAUUAUGACAUCAAGGAUAUCCUUUCUAAAAUAGAUAGGAAAUUGUGUAUCACUGAAUCGCUGAACAAAUCGCUGUCCUAUCUGUAAAUUUUUUAUCCACGUAAGUCCUACGUACUCUAUGAUAAAUGGUCCCUCGUGUCUCUCCAACAAACUCCCUUAGAGUUGGAGAACAACAAUGUCUAUGUAUACAUACACUGUUCUAUCCUACUUAUACUUGCAAGUUUCACAACGUUCUGCGAGUGUCUGGAAGCCGAAGGAGCGCGAGAUAUUUAGACUGCGUCGCAAUGAACGCGGCACUGGAGGGAAAAAAGUGCGAGAGUAGCCGACAAUGACAGGAUUGAAUGCCUCGAGAAUCCGUUCACGGUCGAAUGUCCCGGUGCAAUGUGGAUUAGCUGAUGCGCGUGAACCACCAGAGAUCGUCCUUUCUCAUGGGGCGAAUCACGCUUGGCCACUUUCCCGGCUGCUCUUUUUAGCGUAAGCGUCUUCCGUCCCAAAAACUAUUUCUACCUCAAUACUCCACUGAUCCAUAGGAGUUUUUAGUACGUCAGAAAACGUACUACCAUUGUGUGUGUGUAAAUAUGUUUUUUAUUAGAUAUUUAAAAAGUUAUUUAAUAGGAUUUGAGUAAAUUGGAACUAACAUAAGAAUCAGGUAAGAAAUCGGUUCAGUGUCUCAGUAGAAUGAUUGCAGAAAUCAUUGUGAGGCAAGUUUUGUGACUAAAACAAUGAAUUACGAGUUCAGAGCAGGAAUUGGAAACAGCAACGUGUUCAUUAUGCAUUAUUUCAUUAUUGAUAAUUUAUUAAUGUGACGCUAGAAGCAGCCGCAGAAUGUAAUAAAGAACGAGUCAAUGUUUAAUACCACAGUAAUUAUUGAUAUUUAUUCUGCAUUGACUUACUUGAUUACAUUGUCCAAGGUUGUAUUUGAAAAUUGAGGAUGAACGAAAAAUUCAUUAAUUAAAGAGAUGCCUUUAAGGUUCCUCUUUGCCACGAUUUCUAAUCGCAAUACAAUUUUUUGUCUAUAAAUUGGAUCAGUAGUUUUAAUGAAGUAAAAUAUAAAUUUAAGUAUAGGUAUCUACUUAAUCGAGUAAUCGUACACGUUAUUGAAUUAUAAUUCGAUUUCGUCGACUCUGUAACUCGAUUCGGUCUCACAUUUUACAGCCAUUCGGCGAACGUACCGGCCACGCCGGGGUGGCUCAAUAUUUAAUGCGUCCACGUCUGUCGUCGGACUUUAGAACUUGUUACCCAGCUAUUUACUCAAUCCCGGACUUAAAAAAGGAAAUGGAAAAAAUGAAAGUCGCGACUUUUCGAGUUUCGAUGUUUAUUCUGAGCUCGUGCGUCUCCGAUUUGGUACGUGUAAAGCGGUUAUUUUUGUGAAAAACGUUCGAUCCAGUUUCGUUCGGUCAAUUUGUUUGUUUUGCCUCGACGUCGUUUAAAUUGAUCGACUGAUUGCCGCUAAAUCGGUUUAAGCGAUUAGCCAGAACGGCCGUGCAACAGUCUGCGGAAUGUUUAGUUUUCAGAAACACAUUGUCAUUCAGAACAACGGAAAUUUGGUUUUAGAAGCCUAUUGCAAUUGUUUCAAUCUUUGUUACAUUUGCAAAAUCUACCGAAGUAACUAAUUGAAUUUCAUAUGAAAUACGCUCAGAAUUUUUCAAGAUAAUUCAAGAUUUCCAGAAAAUAUAUUAAUUGUACUGGAAAAUAAUUAGUUCACGUGUGUGGAAGAGAUAAUUGAUUCCGAUGAAUUGUCGCCAGUUUUAGAAGCUCCGAUCGGUUCGAAUUGCGGAGCACUUAUCAUCUCGGAAUGGUGAUAUAUUUGAAAAUGGAAGAGAAUGGAUUUCGCUUUGCGCCCGAAUUGCGGAGUAACUAACAUUAUUAAUCACGCAUCCUCUUUAAUAACGCGAUCCAUUCGUUAACGAUAAAAACUGAAUUCAUUUGUUCAAACGGUCUCAAGAUUUAUGUCUCACGUCUCAGAACAAGGCUUGCAAAAGAUUUCAGGCUGAGAAGUUGUGGCGAGGACUCAAAGGAUCCUGCGGAGGAUGUGGUAGGAUUGAAUUAGAUCUUUCAGAGACUGAGACGUUUAUUCAGAUAUUCUUUACAGAUCACAAAUAAAUAAAAACAUGAGGCAAAUACGGAAAUGAAACAAUUAUGGCACUAUUGAUGUGAGGAAUUAAAUUUAAAAUCGCAAUGCAUUUGCCAAAACAGAAAUGGACGAAUGUAUGCAAUUUUUUUUCAAAUACGAUAAAAUAUUUCGUAUUUAAAAACUCUCGCAAUAUAAAAAUGAUUAAACUUUGAAUCAGAACAUAUUCCGACAGAUAACGAAUAGAAAUAAAAUAAAUUCAACCUGAUACAUUAUAAAUCCCAUCGGCAAUGAAAAUUGUAAGGAAAGCUGGAUCGAGCCUUGAAAAGGAAAUUCGGCGCAUGGUUUAAAUAAAAUAUGCACGAAUAGGCUUUCAAGAAACAAAGGAACAUUCGUAGUAACGUCGAACUCCAAACGCGGGGAAUCAAUAAAGCCUGCCAGGGUACCUGUGAUCACUGAAACCUAUUGGAAGACAAAAAUCCGGUGGUAAAAUUGUUCCGCAGAAAUGGAACAAAAUGGGAAAGGAGACACGUACAGAAAUGAAAUGGAAUGGGAGUUUAGAACACCUUUUAAAAUAAUAACCAGAGGUUUGCAGAGACAACAGGUUGGCUGUACGAGUUGCUGGCGCGUGAGAAAAGAUCCUAUAUCCAAUAUGAAACGAAGCAGACAAUUUGGGACUGUAAUCGUAGUAUCUGACUAAAAUUCUGCGAAUUUCGUCUCGUAGGAGCUUAGAGAGGAAAGCGGGUGUACUGGGAUAGACGUUUGAGUCGCGAUCGCGAGGCUGGAGGACCAGCGUCGGCAGAGUCAACGCCGAAGAGCCCCUGACGAUGAGGCCAGAGAGAGACGGUGGCGGUAAACGGGAAGAAGAGGUGAAACGAAGGGGGGGGAGUGAGGAGAGGGAGAGGGAGUAGGUAAGUACGAAUCGAUUAGGUCUGUCGGCCAUUUUGUUGGCGGCUCGAGCCGGCCAAGUGUUGCCGUGGCACAGCUGCCCCCGGAGGCGUGGAACCUCGCAAACGCGACUCCAUCGAGAGAGCGAAUGGUUCGACGUCGGCGUGGAAUCGCGGCGCGUGUUCUCGCAACCGGAUAGGACGCAUCGGAGGCGGAUUCGGUAGAUGGUAGAGGCAUGGUAGGGUCGGGAAAGGUCGAUCUAAACUUGGUGGGGGCGUCCGACGGUUAGGUUGGGUUCUAUAGGAGCCUAACCGGCAGUCAGUGCCUCCCAGGGCCCCGCGCCGUCAGUUCCGUUGGUGUUGUGUCGUGUAACGUGUCCUCUCCUCUCUCUCUCUCUCUUUUUUCUCUGUUCUCCUUCGGUCCGCGUUCCUCCGAGCCCUCUCCCUCUCACCUCUAGCAACCCCUUCGUCCCGUGCAGUACGCGUACGUUAUUUUUUUUUCUCCCGUCGAAACCGCGAGUGAUAAUACGAGGAAACAAUCGCGCGGGGGACGAUACCUCGGUCUUUGAUAGAUGCUCCGGUUGUAGAGACGAUUCGACGUGUCCUGAUGGACCGCGUGACCAACCCUUUGGUUCAAGGGAAACGGAUAACGUUGAAAUCCGGGAUCUACAGGAUGAAGUUUGACAGGAUAUAGAAAGUGCAUUUGGUCAAAUCGCUGAAUCCUGAACAUUCGUGUUAGUGCUCCAGGAGAAACGGUUAUCGAAGUAAGGAGAGAAUCGACGACGAGAGUCCCCGUGAAGAGAUCGAUCGAAAACGUCAUUCGUGUUUAUAGCAGUGUUUCUCGAUCACUUUGGAGCAGAGCGUGUUUAAAAAUCGGCGAUCAGAAGCCGCGGAGGUCCUCGUUUAUCCGGAAGACCACAAAAUGGCGCGGAUUUCGGCGAGGCUGCACCGAACCUGGGAAACUGUCCUCUGAAACCGGCGGCGAAAGACGCGCGUGUCCGCCGUUGGAAUUCCGUAAUGAACACGUUUGACGCGGAAUUCGUACGACGAACACGGCGGACCGACGUGUAGCGGGAGUCGACCGAUUUUUGGACGAGGCAUGCUCGAUGUUCGCUGCGGGAUGGUACCGCGAAAGUUUGCGAAAGGGACACGUGCCGCUCCGAACUGACACCGAGUUCCCGUAUAAAAAGGGACCAGAAGCUAUCUGACAUAACAUUGAGGAGAGCCGGGCGAGCGAUUAAAGUCAGCGGGCAUUCGAUCUGGCAACUAUUUAUAUUCUCUGAAUUUAGUGUACGUGCCACCCAGGAACUAUAAAUAGUGUUUUUUUUUUUAUAUUUUAUUUUACGGGCCUAGUUAGCCUUGAACUUUUACCGGGUGAACUGGUCGAAGCGCUUUGGGCCGCGGACGGUGCCCUCAGUGUGUCGAAUUUUCUCUGUACAAGGAAAAACUGUAAGUACGGCCGGCGGUCGUACUUGGCACGAAGGCUUCAAGAUUGCUCGAAAAUCGUCGAGAGAGGUGCGCAGGGCAGGAAGAGCGAUGGAAAUCGGGGGUGCAGCGAUGCAGAGGAUGGCCGCUGCCGGAGGGCCCGGACCGCUCAGCCUCCAGGGCCCUCCAAGGUCAGUGAAGAUCUCACCCGUUAACCUACAGGACGAGCCCGGUGACCUCACCUCCCAGAAAAGCACGAGUUCGCAUUGCGUGGGCUGCGGCGGACGAAUUCACGACCAAUGGAUUUUGCGAGUCGCGCCGAACCUGGAAUGGCACGCAGCUUGUUUGAAAUGCGCGGAGUGCCAGCAAUUUUUGGACGAGCACUGCACCUGUUUCGUGCGCGACGGAAAAACUUACUGCAAACGCGAUUACGUCAGACUGUUCGGCACGAAGUGCGACAAAUGCAGCGAGUGCUUCAGCAAGGACGACUACGUGAUGAGGGCAAAGAGCAAGAUUUAUCACAUAAAGUGCUUCCGAUGUUCCGCGUGCAUGAGGCAGCUGGUGCCUGGAGACGAGUUCGCGUUGAGACAGGACGGCUUGUUCUGCAGGCACGAUCACGACGUGCUCGAAGGCGGGAAGCUGUGCUCCGGUCCCGGCGGCGUUCCUGGAAGCGAGAACAACAACAACGCAUCCCUUAUGAAUAAUAAUCACCAUCUGCACCCGAACGACGGUUCGAUAUCAGACUCCGGGUCCGAAAGUGGAUCGCACAAAGCUGGCGUGGGUGGUACUCGAGGAUCGGGCGGUCAUAAAAGCGGCGGCGGUUCUGACGGGAAACCAACCAGGGUUCGCACCGUUCUCAACGAGAAGCAGCUGCACACGUUAAGGACGUGCUACGCGGCGAACCCGCGGCCCGACGCGUUGAUGAAGGAACAAUUGGUCGAGAUGACUGGCCUCAGUCCGCGUGUGAUCAGGGUAUGGUUUCAGAACAAACGGUGCAAGGACAAAAAGAAGACCAUCGCUAUGAAGCAACAGAUGCAGGAGAAGGAAGGACGUAAAUUGGGCUUUGGGGGGAUGCAUGGUAUACCCAUGGUAGCCAGCAGUCCUGUCAGACAUGAAAGUUCUAUAGGGAUGACACCACUCGAGGUGCAAGCUUAUCAGCCACCGUGGAAAGCUCUCUCGGACUUCGCCCUGCACACCGAUUUGGACAGGCUAGAUCCCAACACGCCUUCUUUCCAUCAUCUAGUGUCGCAGAUGCACGGGUACGAUCUUCACAGCGGGCCACCACAAUUGCCACCGCCGGGAAUGCUCGGCGGUCCAAUGAACGACGGCGGAGGCGGCGGGGGUGGCGGGCCGUUGCCACCGCCUGGACCGCACCAUCCGAGCGGAGGCGGCUCGGACAUGGGCCAGCACCCCGACAGCACGGAUAGCUAUGUAACUUACCUAGAAAGUGACAGUGACUCCCUUCACCACGAUACAGGAAGUCCAUAGUGUUGUGCAGUGUGGCCAGAACGAAAGUGUCCGCUUUCUUCGUGGUCCUCUUUCAAUAAGUGCUUGAAGAGAAUCGUAGUCUGCGAGGACAAGUAGAGCGGUCGAGAGACCAGGACUUGAGAACGCGAGCCGAUUAAUUGUAGCCUUCGUUUCCCCUUUACCCUCGUGCGGUUGACUCGAUCCUUCAUAGAAAGACGAAAGAAGUGAAAUUCAGUCGAGGAUUUCAUUUAUUACGGCGUGUCAUUUCUAUUGAACUCGGUGUUGUGAUAAAAUAAUUUUUGCAUCAAUCAUUAAUUGAACUUCCUGAUAAAUUGAAUGUUAGAGUUAAUUAACAGAGAAAUGCAGAUUACGAUGGAAGUAAGUUUCUCAGUUUCCAAGAGCAUAUUUAAUAAGUACGUUUUACGGUUCUUACGUGAAAGGGUUUGGAAAUAUACAAUUAGCAAAGUACUCAGGCAAAUUGCAAGAACCACACGAUUUGCAGAAACAUGAGCUUAAAUCAGCAGAGGAUCAAAGCAACGAUUCGAAUAGUUCUCGUUCUAAACAAUCAGAAAUUAUUGUACAAUUUACGAGACGCAGCUAUGUGCAAUCAUAUUUCGGAGCGAAUGUGCGAAACGAAUAAUUGUUCGAUUUGAUUUGUAUAAUUUUGCUCGGUAGUAGACGUGUCGAUGUUUCGCGGUUAAACGUUUUUAUUGUGGACUGCUACGAAGAAUCCGUUCGUGAAAAAUCUCAGGUAGAAUACGUAUAAUGAUUUAUGGAUGACAACCGACGUACGUCGUUCUAAUUAAUUGAUCGUUGAGGGAAUAGAGUAAAUUAUAUUUAAGCGAAACAGACGAGAAGAAACGAGAAACACUGCGCCGAUAUUUUUAAACGAAUACAAUAAAUUCUGCUACCGAUUAAAUCGACUACAGAGUGUUUAAAAAUUAAGGUACGACCCGAUCGAAAAUUGUAUUCCGCGAAACACGCAGGGAUUACGUGCAAGGCAAUUUAGUUGAUGUUUUAAUCGAGUUAAUUUACAGUUCGGACGAAACUCGCCCUUGUGCACUGAAAUUGUAAAUCGACAGCAUUGUGAUCGGAGGACUCUGAAAUAAAUACGAGGACGGUAGGUAUUAAUUGACGUUAGCUGAAUAGAGAGUUAUUUAAUUAUUUAAUAAAUUAGGAGAACCAUUAAUUCGUUCGUCAUUGUUUAAGCAAUUUCAGUGUAUCCUCGCGGGUGAAGGGGUGCAAUAAAUAUAGAAAUGUCCUUUUAGAUCGACGCGUCGCGUUCCAAUCAGACGUCGACGCAGUCGUACGAGUUCAUUAAAAAUUAUCGGAAAUUCUAUUCUGCGCAACAAGGAAUAACAAUGCAGUUUCUCUGCUUUCGAUGAUUUCUCUUAACCAAUUGGAAUUUAAAUCAUCGACGGAGUUGGUCACGUUUAAGCGUCUGCUCAAACGUAAAACCGAAUUAAAAUGAUUUAGGCUUGCGAGGAGGAAAUGUGACGACUGAAUCUUCAUUUCUUCUUACCAUCGUUUCCGGGCACAGCGCGAGUGAAAUGGAAAAUUGCAUUUAAACGCGUCCAACUCUGACUGUCCGAUCUUGUGAACGAAAAAAAAUAAUGAAUCAAUCAUUCGACACUAUAAAUAUAAUCGUGUCCGUUGAUCGUCGCCAAGGCGCAGUUAGCCCGUGAUAUCGAAUAACCGUGAAGCGUAUGAAGAGAUUUAAGAAACAGUAAAGAAUGUAAGUGCCCGAGGAUAGCACGUUUUACCUUCCGAUCACAAACGAAUAAUUGUAAACGCAGGUAAUGUACAUUCGAUGAAUACCAAAGCGUAUGCUUCAUACGAACGGACGGGAACGCGCUGAUUGUGAAUUGUAAAUAAUAUUCUCCCGUAAAACCAUUUCCUACUCCCAAGCCCCCUCGUUGUCGCUAAAUUAGUCGUUCGUUUUAGUGGUGAUUCGUUUAGGUGUUUGUAUAGAAUCGUUCCACCACCGCUCCCCGUCUAAGACAUAACAUGGUUCGGAAGGGAGAGCACCGUAUAAACCUAACGUUUUUCGUAAUCUAUUCGAAUCGUCUUCGGAUUUGUAUAAUAUUUCUAUACCGGCGCACACGUAAAUAAACUGUCCAAUUAAACCAUC